CUCAAAAGUCUCGAAUCUCUCAACGAGCUCAAAGAAUUUAAUUAAUAAUCAUGAAUUUGAUGAUGAUAAACCUUAUGAAAUUUAUGAUCCAAAAGUACUUCGAAGAAAAAAAUACGAGAAAAAAAUUUUCUACAAGUUAAAAAUUGAAGCAAAAGCAAAUUUUAUUGGUAGAGGAUUAUGUUCGCAGGGAAUUAACUGUAAUAUAAAUUAUUGUAAUUUAAAGCAUCCAACACCUAAUCAUAUGAUUAAUAGUCAUUUGAUAUCAAAAUAUAGAAAAGAAAUUCAUUCUAAAAAAUGUAAGAGGAAUUUUAAACUUGGAACUAGAAGGGCCAUGAAAAAAUACAAUAAUGACAAAUAA